AUGAGCACGGAUAUAGUUUGGAUAGAUAUGGACAACUCUGGCUCUGACCCUGAAACGGAUUUAAUACUAAACUUUGCCUGUUUCAUCACGGACAAGGAUGGCAAUAUUAAGUCCGUGGGACCCUAUUUCGCGAUCAACCAUCCGGAAGAGAAAUUCUAUAAAUCGGGAAGUUUUCAAAUGUCGGUCGCUAGAGAACUCGGAGUGUUGGACCGCUGCAGGAACUCGAGUGUCAAGCCUGAGCAGGCCGAGGAUCUGAUGCUAAACUAUCUUAAGAACAAUGUUCCACGAAAGGCCUGUCCUAUAGCCGGCCCAUUCAUCCAUAUUGAUAGAGUCUUUAUCAAAAAGCACAUGCCCUCUGUGGAUGACUAUCUGAACCAUGACUUUGUGCAUCUGAUAGUGCGUUAUUAUCCAACUCCACUUCCGAGGAUGUUGACCGUACACCGUUGCCGGGGACUCGCUCCUGUACCAUAUUAA